AUGAGGCGCAGCUUCGACCGCCCGGAGCUGCUGCCGGCGGCCUACGCCGCGCUGCAGGUGCUGCGCCAAGGCGCCCGAGACCCGCCGCUGGAGGAGUGGCGCCGGCAACAUGUGCCCGCGCACCUCCAGCUGACAGAGCAGGGCUUGGACCAAGCUGCUGCUCAGCUGGAGCUGCGCUUGGCCAACGCAGGUGGCGUCAGCUUAUCGCCUUCGAAGCCUGGGCAGCCCUCAGGGGCUUCUGCCGGAUCAACCCAAGCCGUGCCGCAGGAGCUGGUGGCCGAAUUCCUUCACGAGGGCCCUGAUACCAAGCUGUUGAGGCGCUCUCUGGAAGACUUGGUGGCCGACUCCUUGCAGCUGCCGACUCCUGCGGUGCACGCGCACCUGGUGGGCUCCCGGCUCUAUGGCGCGGCGUUGCCAGACGCAGACCUGGACAUUGUGGUGGAGAUCCAGGACCUCGGCCAACCAGAAGUCAGCCAGGACACCAGCAGGCAGGUCUCAAUGAAGCGGCUCUUGCGACUCCGCCGCGAGCUGGAAGCUGAACAGGACAACAUGUGGAAGGUGGAAGAGAUGGCUCUCGAUGCCCGCCGGCCCACGCUUCGUUUAAGGUGGUCCGGCUUGACCAUCGGAGUGGAGGUGACCUUUGAUCAGCACCUGGUGACCCUGGCCAAGAGCGAGCUGUUGGCGCGAGCAUGCAAAGAGGCAUCGUUCCCAAAGCCUGGAGCGGUGCUGCUCAUGGCACGCGCAUGGGCGCAGAGGCGGCAGAUUUGCGGCCAACGCCAAGGCUAUCCCUCAGGCUACGGUUUGGGCCUCAUGGUGGCCUACCAUUGGCGGCGCAUGGGUUUCUUGGGGGCUUUGCGGCCCAAAAGCCGCCAGAGCUUGUCCUUUGCGCGCAGCGAGGCUCCAGAGAACAGCUCGGAGGUGGACGCUGAAAUGCUGGCAAAGUUCUUCCAGCCCU